AACCAACACAACUAAUCCCAUCCGGGUCAGCAGAAAAAGAUGGCGGCCCCCCAGGAGAAAGCAGCCGGCAUGAGUAACAUGCUCAAAUUUUUAAAAAUUAUUGGACAACUUAAAAGGGUUCCGCGGACCGGCUGGGUUUACCGGAAGGUGAAGGAACCCGAGAGUGUUUCUGACCACAUGUAUCGCAUGGCCGUCAUGUCCUUGACCAUCACCGACCCGGCCGUGGACAAAGACAGAUGUAUCAAACUGGCUCUUGUUCAUGACAUGGCAGAGUCAAUUGUGGGCGACAUUGCUCCAUCAGACAAUGUCAGUAAAGAAGAGAAACACAGAAGAGAGAAGGAAGCUAUGAGACAUCUGACCAGUCUUCUGCCAGAGGGACUCAAAAAGGAGAUUUAUUCUUUAUGGGAGGAAUACGAGUUCCAGAGCAGCUCAGAAGCUCGGCUGGUGAAGCAGUUUGACCUCCUGGAGAUGAUCCUGCAGGCUCACGAGUACGAGGAGCUGGAGGGAACACCUGGAAGAUUGCAGGAGUUCUUCGACUCCACUGCCGGUCGCUUUCAGCACCAAGACGUCCUCCAGCUGAUCAGCUCUUUAGAUGAAGAAAGGGGUCGUCACACGGCCAAGGAGGAGGAGGAGGAGGGCAAAAACAAGCAAAAACUCCCUUCAGAAAAUGUUCCGACUUGAAGACCAAAACGUUCUCAAUGGUUGAUGAACCGACAGGUCACAUGACCAGACUCACAGACUCUGAAAAUACAACUGUUGACGGUUUCAAACACAUUUUUUAUUAUUAAAUGAUUAUACACACCAUCAGAAAGACUGGCGAUUACAGGACCGUCAAUAUAUAUAUAUAUAUAUAUAUAUAAAAAAGAAAGUUGCCAUGACAUGUAGCUGCUAACACGGCAGCAUGUUCUUUUAUUUAGUCUCAAAACUAUUUUUGGAACAACAGUCUGAAGUCGGUGUUCUGCUGGCAAAACGGCAAA